CUUAUAUACAUGUGUAAAUUGCAGUGGCCAUGCAAUCAUGUUUUAAUGCUUCAAAUCUGCUUUAGAACAUGAAAAGAAUGUUGCCUUCCUAAAGAAAACAAUAGCAUGAUGCACGCGCGCGUGAUGCACCAUGCGGCAGCGCGUUGAUUGACAGCUCGGCAGCCAAUCAGAUUUCAGAUCGGGGAUUUUAAGGCGGGAGCUCCUGCAAGAACAAGCGGUUUUCAGCUAGCGUGUUCUCAGCAAACGGAGGUGCUUUGGAGAGAGACAAAGAGAGAGAGAGAGAUGAGCCAUCUGUGAUAAGCAUAAGAACAAGCAAAAGAAGCUAAAGGAACUUCUGAUUCUUCUCCAAACUCCACCUGCUUCUCUCGGAAUAGCAGAGAUGAUUCUCUGAGCCGACCUGUUUACUGAAAGCUCUUCUUCUUCCUUUUUUUUUCUUAAGGCUUCUGCAGCAUUUUUUUCCUUUAGAUCAUUCCUCAUCUCAGCGGUGGGAAUCAUGGGGGCUAGCGGUUAUGGCUAUUACCGCAUGGUCAUUUUUGCCUCAAUGUUCAUGGGGUACUUGUUGUACUACUUUAACCGGAAGACAUUCUCCUUUUUGAUGCCGUCAGUCAUGGCGGAGAUCGAGCUGGAUAAGGAGGAACUCGGUCUGAUCACGAGCAGUCAGACUCUGGCAUACGCCAUCAGUAAGUUCAUCAGUGGGGUGCUGUCCGAUCAGAUCAGUGCCCGCUGGCUCUUCUCCUCCGGCCUCCUCAUCGUCGGGGGCAUCAACGUUCUCUUCGCUCAGUCCUCAUCCGUCACAGCUUUCACAUUCCUCUGGUUUGUGAACGGCCUCGGCCAGGGAUUUGGUUGGCCACCGUGCGGCAAAGUGCUGCGCAAGUGGUUCGAGCCAUCCCAGUUUGGCACGUGGUGGGCCAUUCUGUGCUGCAGCAUGAACCUGGCUGGGAGUUUGGGUCCCAUCAUCACCACACUGCUGGCUGCGUACUACAGCUGGAGAAGCAUCAUCUGCGGCUCUGGGGUGAUCUGCAUGUCCUUCGCUUUUAUUUGUCUGCUGCUGGUGAAGAACGAGCCCAGAGACGUGGGCCUGCCCAGCAUCGAGCCUGGGACCAAGAAGGGCAAAGGCAGGAAAGGAACCCCGAAUGAUGAGAGCACCUUUAAGGAGUUCGUGCUCUCUCCAUACCUGUGGGUGUUGUCUUUCGGUUAUCUGGUGGUGUUCGGUGUGAAGAUCGCGUGCACCGACUGGGGGCAGCUGUUUCUCAUGCAGGAGAAAGGCCAGUCCGUCAUGAUGGGCAGUUCGUAUAUGAGUGCCCUGGAGGUCGGCGGAUUUGUGGGGAGCAUCGCAGCAGGCUUUAUCUCUGACAAAGCUGUUGCACGGCAAGGACUGGGUACACAUGGCAACCCUCGGCAUACGCUGCUCAUAACCAUGAUGGCGGGCAUGGCCGUGUCCAUGUAUCUCUUCCGAGUCACCAUCACUCCAGAUGUCACAGAAGAAGCUCCUCUCUGGGCUGUUGCUCUUCAUCCAGUCUCUGUCCUCACUGGGUUGUCUGAGAAAGAGCUCUGGAUAUUAACUCUCGGUGCUGCUUUCGGAUUCUCGUCCUACGGACCGAUCGCACUGUUUGGAGUGAUCGCUAGCGAAAGCGCCCCUUCGAAUUUUUGCGGGACAUCGCACGCAAUCGUCGCGCUUAUGGCAAACGUUGGGGCAUUUCUCGCCGGCCUGCCAUUUAGCACCAUCGCCAAGCGCUACAGCUGGGACACAGCCUUUUGGGUAGCGGAAGUGACCUGUGCCCUGACAACUGUUUGGUUCUUCAUGUUCCGCAACAUGCGCACGAAAAUGGGACGAGUGGACGAAAAGAAAGACUGAUCAACACACACCGAAUAUGACACACAACUCGAACCCUGUCAGUGUGAACUUACUGAACUACAUCAGGAACCGAGAAUCAUCUCUGCUCUGAAGAACCACUUUUCGUUUAUUGUACAGUAUUUGUAUUCGUUAUAAUAAGUUCAUCUGAAUGAUUCGUCAGGGGCUGAAGUUCUGCACUAGAACCUGGAAGGUUUUACGUUUACAGUCAGAUUUCAGACACGUCAUCCUUAAUUUAAUUGAUUUUGCUGAAUAAAUUACCAUAAAAUUAAUGACGUUACUUCAGAAUUCAUGCCCCAGGCUGGUCGAGCAGGUCUCACUAAAUCUCCCCUGCUUUUUAGGUGUUUAGAUUUUCUUUUAAUCAGAUUCUUAUUACAAGUUGUGAAGAAUAAAAUUUAAAUGAUUAGUUUAUUGCAUACUAUAUUUCCAAUACAGCACAAACAUGUCACUUGUAAUGUUGUAUUUCACUUUUAGGGAUAAAUUAAAGGGAUUUUAUUAAAGUUUAUUUAGACCAACUCAUGUAAUUAAUAAAAAAAAAUAUAUAUAUAUAUAUAUAUAUAUAUUUUUUGGUAAAAGUUUGCUGUCAUCAAGAAAGAGUACAGGGAAUACAACCAUAGUGGUAAAGAUAUCUCAUGUUAAACAAUGACAAAUAUUUGAAAGGUAAGGUAUGCAACAAUGA